AUGUUCCACGGCUUCGUGAUCUUGUUGAAACCUCUCACGAAAAGCAAUGAGUUGAUCGGAGACCCACGGAGACACUUUUCAAGAGAGGCUUUAGCAAGAUCAUGA